ACAUUCUCAUUCAGACAGACCUUAGACAGACUCAUUCUUUGCACGUUCUUAACACUUUGGUUCUUAAUUGUCUUAAAUUGUGAAGGCGUUCGAGUUGUUGAUAUUAGUUUGCUUUAAAUAAAAUUUUAAUUGAUUUGAUAGUAUUUCAUUAAAACUUUGAAAAUGAAAAUCGAGGAAGUGAAAAGUACUGCGAAAACGCAAAGAAUAUCCGCACACAGUCAUGUAAAGGGCUUGGGAUUAGACGAAAAUGGUGUACCUAUUCAAAUGGCAGCCGGUCUCGUGGGCCAAGAAUCCGCUAGAGAGGCCGCAGGUAUUGUUGUAGACAUGAUAAGGAGUAAAAAGAUGGCAGGCCGAGCUUUGUUACUUGCAGGACCACCAGGUACCGGUAAAACAGCCAUUGCUCUUGCUAUAGCACAGGAACUUGGAAAUAAGGUACCAUUCUGUCCAAUGGUGGGUAGUGAGGUAUACAGCACAGAGAUUAAGAAGACUGAAGUUCUGAUGGAGAACUUUCGUCGUGCUAUUGGGCUUCGAAUAAGAGAGACGAAAGAAGUGUAUGAAGGAGAGGUAACCGAACUUACCCCUGUUGAAACUGAAAAUCCAGCCGGUGGUUAUGGUAAAACAGUUUCACAUGUGAUUAUUGGACUCAAGACAGCUAAAGGGACAAAACAAUUGAAACUCGAUCCUACAAUCUAUGAAUCUCUACAGAAAGAGAAAGUUGAAGUUGGUGACGUUAUUUACAUAGAAGCAAACUCGGGUGCUGUAAAGAGACAAGGCAGAAGUGAUACGUUUGCAACUGAGUUUGAUUUAGAGGCUGAAGAAUAUGUUCCACUGCCUAAGGGUGAUGUUCACAAAAAGAAAGAAGUAGUCCAGGAUGUAACUCUUCAUGACCUAGACUGUGCAAAUGCCAGACCUCAAGGUGGACAUGAUAUUAUGUCCAUGAUGGGUCAACUAAUGAAACCAAAGAAAACAGAAAUUACUGACAAAUUAAGAAAAGAAAUUAACAAAGUAGUCAAUAAAUAUAUUGAUCAGGGAAUAGCUGAAUUAGUGCCAGGAGUUCUAUUUAUAGACGAGGUACAUAUGCUAGAUAUAGAAACAUUUACGUAUCUCCACCGUGCCUUAGAAUCUGCAAUUGCCCCAAUAGUUAUAUUUGCUACUAACAGAGGGCGUUGUCAAAUCAGAGGUACAGAAGAUAUUAUAUCACCUCAUGGCAUUCCUUUAGACCUUUUAGAUAGGCUUUUGAUUAUUCGUACAUUACCGUACAAUAAAGCUGAACUUUUACAAAUAUUAAAAUUGAGAGCCACAACAGAAGGGAUAGCUAUUGACGACGAAGCACUUACGGCACUAUCAGAUGUCGGCGCUAAUAGCACACUAAGGUACGCGGCGCAGCUGCUGACGCCGGCGGCGCUGGCGGCGCGCGCGGACGGCGCGGCGCGCAUCAGCCCGCAGCACGUGCGCGCCGUGCACGCGCUGUUCCUCGACGCCAAGUCCUCGGCGCGCAUCCUCACGCAGCACUCCGACAAGUACAUGAAGUAGCCCCCCGACCUACUACAUUGCUAUUCGAAACACAAAUGUCGCCUUGCAGUUUAAUUUUCCUAUAUUAAUUCCUAAAUUUAACUGGCUUACCGACUAAGUAUAUAAUCUAAUAUGUAUUUAGUUAACUAACGUGGGGCACAGGUAGAAAUAUUCUGCUCAUAAUCAGGGACAGCCCGACUAGGGAAUUACUCGACCUUAUAGAAGAUCACAGCUAAAUAAUACUGUUCUCAAACAGUGUUGUCUUCCUGUGAUGAGUAUUGAUGACCAGAGCCUCCUGGAGUUUGCGAUGCUUCUGGUGUUGCAGACGUCUAUAAGCUACGGUAAUCGCUUACCAUUAGGCGAACCGUACGUUUGUCGUCCUAAUUGUAUAAAAAAAGUUAAUAACAGCUAAAUGAGAGGGUACAACGAAGCAAUGAAAAAAUUGUAUCGUUUGAUGAUUAAGAUAAUAUGUAAAUGUUAAAUAUCCAUGUUGUACUGAAAAUUUAAGUUACAUAAACAUUAUAAAUCAAUGUCGGCAAUUGAGUACUCGUGCUGUCCAUUUUUUUUUGAUAAUUGUAACCCAAUUGUUUACGGUGAAUCCGAAAUUUCAAUAUAGCUGAACAGUAUUUAUUUGUUCUGUAAGCUAUAUACUUUGUCUUGAAUUUAGAGAAUAUUGUGGAAAUUGACUAAUUAAUUAAAGAUAAAGGCCAUAAGUAGAAUAAUUACAUACUAAACUGAAUGGAAAUCUAUUUAAUUUCCUAUGGAAAAAAUGUCAUAAACCUCAUUUAAAAAAAUCCAGACGAAAUUCUCAUACCUAGUUAAUGACAGGCUAUGAGAUGCAUAAUUAUAUUAAUUGAAAAAUUCAGAUUUUUGAUAGGGCCGACCUAAUGUUUAAAAACAACUGCGACACAAGAAUAUAAUUUGUGCGAGAAAUUUUUUACCUUUUUUAAACUUCAUGUAACUAUAUGAUUGUAUAUGUAUUAUAAAAAAUCUCAUAUUGACUUAUUCCUUUACUAAGUAAUAUGGUUCAAAUAUUGUUUUGUGUUUGUUUCUGUUGACAACGUCUUUUUUUCUUAAAUGAUAACAUAAUUAUUUUGUAUGAUGUUAAAAAUGAGCCAUUAUAUGUAUUUGAUUUUCCUAACUUUUAUUUUCAACGAGAAAAAUGUUUUAAUUUGCCUCAAAUUGAGAAUGAUUCCAGAGGAAUAUGAAGUGUUUCAGAAGUUAAAGAAGGUUUAAUAAAUAUUAAAUUUUUAUUAAACAA